AUGGUAAAGGUCGGAAUUAUCGGCGGAAGCGGGCUCGAAGACCCGAAGAUUCUCCAGAAUACGAGCACCGUCUCUGUUGAAACUCCGUUCGGAAAGCCCAGCGAUGAUUUGGUUGAAGGUAUGAAAAGCUCUGUUUUGGCAGAGAGGUAAUGUCUGCAGGAACCAUCAAUGGAGUCGAGUGUGUCCUUCUGGCUCGCCACGGCCGCAAGCACGACAUUAUGCCCGGAAAUGUCAACUAUCGAGCCAACCUGUGGGCGCUUUACUCAAGAGGUCCUUUUUUCACUGAGAUUCGCCGGAGAACAUCCUUCGAAUCUCUGUUUUUCCAGGCGUCGACGUCAUCAUCGCUUCGACUGCGUGCGGAUCUCUGCAAGAGCACGUCGAGCCCGGACACUUGCUCUUCCCGGAUUCCGUUUUCGAUAGGUCCGCGGUGGCUACUCGGAUGUAAGCAAAUUGAACUAUAUUUCAGAACCAACGGUCGCAAGGGAACUUUCUUCGAUGGUAGCUACGUUGACGCGCCGGGAGUGUGCCACAUUCAGGCCCAUCCGACCUACAAUGAGAAACUGAGACAAGUGGGAAUUGGAGAAUGGCGUCAAUGAAUUGAAGAUGUGUUCAGGUGCUGAUCUCGACUGCCGAACGGUGCCAACUGGUCCACCACAGAACGGGAUUCGGAGUCUGCAUCGAAGGCCCUCGCUUUUCGACAAGGCCGAGAGCACGGUGUUCAGAUCGUGGGGAGCCAGUCUCGUCAACAUGACCAUGAUGCCAGAGGUAGAUAUUCCACGAAUUCACAAGAAUCAUCCGAACACUCUUUCAGUGCAUUCUCGCCAAGGAGCUCGGAAUCCCAUACGCGUCGACGGCUCUUGUCACUGAUUACGACUGCUGGAAGGACGGAGAUGAGCACGUGACGGCGUCUUCCGUCAUGGAGGUCUUCGCGGAGAAUGUGGGAAAAGCGAAGACACUGUUCGUGGAAGCGGUCGGAGAAAUCGCCAAAUUGAUUGGAAGGAGGAGAUUCACAGAUUGAAGGUACUGAACUAAAGGGAGAACAGGAAGAAUGAAACGGAAACUUUCAGAAAGAGGCUCGCGAUUCCGUCAUGAUCUCUCCGGACAUCGUCAUUCCAUUCCUGAAAAACUGAUCAUCAAUGAAGUGUUGUGAAGGCUUUUAAAUAAAUGUUAUUUUUAUCAUUUUUAUCACUCAGCCGAGCCACCAAAACAACAGAACGCUCAAUGUGUUUUCACUUGAUAAGUGGGUGUGGCUUCUGGUGCAAAAGAUGGAAUCUUUUCAUGAAGGGCAACACGUCUUCUCAUCUAUUAUUCGAAAUUCCUGAAAAACAAUUAGCGACGUUGACAAAAAGGUAAAUGUUCGUCCCAUUCUCGUUUGCUUUUAUUUCAUUUUUACUGUCUCCUAUUCUACGUCGGCAGCUUAGCUGAUAAGGAGUAAGGUGAAAAAAAACAGUGAACAACAAUAAAACCAUAGUGAUCAAUGAUAACAUCCAUUCAGUUUCACAUUCACUUCAAAUGGACGAGAAACAUGUGCGGACGUACAAAGUUACCCCCCUCACUACGGCUUCUGCGGCCACUUCAAAGUUCAGUUUCCUCUCUCUGGUGAGUGGCUUAUCGCGCGCGCCCUUAUGCCCGCCACCGACGGUUCCACACAGGCAAACCGGCGUGGGUGAAAUGAGAGCGAGGCGUGGGCAAACGGGCGGGAAGGCCGAAAUCAGACCCUUAUUUGGCUCACAUUCAAUAUGAAGCGAUUCGCGGAUAAACGGUACUUACUUACCUACCAAGUAUUCGAGUGGGCCCAAUUGAAUGGAAACUGAACGACCAAAGGAAGGCUUUCUCGGCCUGAAGUGGAACUGUGUGGUGAGUUUUUAGAAUUUCAGGUUUACUUCCGAAGGGAGAAAGAAAAAUAGAGAACUGCAGUUAUUUAGAAAAGGUACGUUGACUAAUUAGCCGGCGGGCUUCAGAGAGAGAGGAAGAGAGGAAGAGCUGACUUCUUGCAUUGCAAUAACGGUUUAUAUAGUGACAGUGAAAUCCCGCCCACUCGGCCGUGCUUCACCGCGACCACGCCUCUUAAGGUGACGAUCACUAAGGUAGAGGAGGCGGGACAGCAAAAGUUUCAAAUAAUGCCAGGCAGGUGUACUAUGGUAUUAGUGUAGACUCUUGUUUUUCCAAGGGGACCAUCAAAAUACCAGGAGUACCCAGAAUACCGAGCAAGCGAAGCCCCUGCCCGAUUUUGGGCCGCCCGUGGGUAAACUGAGGGUCUCAUGUGGGCCAAACGCUCAUGCCGAACGAUGUACCAAACUCAGCCUCGCCGCCCCGCCGGUGGGCCUGAUUUUACCCACUCCCGUUUGCCUGUGCAUGGCAUAGCACUCAGGACUUUGAAUCCUGCGACCCGAGUUCAAAUCUCAGCGGAACCUAUCUCUUUUCAUUUUUCAGUUCCGAUAUGCCAACAGAACCGACUUUAUCCUACUCACAUUCGGAUUUGUCUUUGCGUUACUACAAGGUUGCAGUGGAUCAUUGAACAGUGUCAUAUUUAGAGAUCUCACGGACACACUUAUCAGUGGUAGGAAAAUAAUUAAGGGAAGUUUAGGAUGUAUCAAUUUCCAUCCAGGACAGGAAUCAUGGACAUCCGGAAACUUUGACGGCAAUAAAUUCCACGAUAAUGCCAUGAAAGCGAUCAGAAUGUACUUUAUAUUCGGCUGCAUUCUGCUCCUUCUUGCAUUCCUUUCUGUACGUUUUUGCAGAAAAAGAAAAGAAAACUGUUUUGUCACAGAUGUGUUGUUGGCAUACUUUCUGUGAAAGGCAAAUUCAUAAACUGAGACAUGCUUACUUUGGAUAUUUAUUGCGGUAACCACAAGUGGUCUUAUUCCAAUACAUGCAUAUUUCAGUCAGAACUGGGGCUGGUUCGAUGUGCACGACAGUGGAGAAUUGGCGACCAGAAUGAGCGAGUGAGCGAUCGGAAAACACCAAUAAUGAUCAUGAGAGACUUUUAGUGGAUUGGAGAGAGUUCGCGAUGCGAUCGGAGACAAGUUCGGAGCCCUCGUGUCUUAUUUCGCCACGUUCGUCUGUGGUCUCACUAUUGCAUUCCAUUUCAGGUUUCAUUAAAACGUCUCAAUAAUUUAGCAUGAAGUCCAUUCAGUUGGCAAAUGACACUUGUGAUGUUGUCCGUCACCCCCGUAUUCCUAGGACCCAUUCUGUUUUCUUAUAAGGUGAGAUGCUCAGAUUCUGUCUCAACAGAAAUGUCUUCAGAUGAUGUCAAAAGUGACUCCGAAAGAACGAAAAGCCUAUUCGGAAGCAGGUAGUACGGCUGAAGAAGUGAUCAGCGGCAUCCGGACGGUCGUAUCGUUCAACGGGCAGAACAAAGAAAUCGAGAGAUACUCUUCGUUCUCUCGGAAGGCAUGCACUGGGGGCUUCGUCGUGCCUACCUCACCACGUUCGGAGUCGCCUUCGUCACUUUUGCCCUCUUCACCGCGAUGGCCCUUUCUUUCUGGUUCGGAACUCGGAUGGUCGUGAGCGGAUCCAUCACUCCCGGCACUAUAUUCACCGUCUUCUGGGCCGUCUCCGGAGCAAUAUACGCUCUCGCACAGGCUUCUCCACAGAUUCCGGUAUUCCUCUCUUGCCACAGCGCCGCCGCUCCCAUCUUCGAAAUCAUCGAUCGGGUGAGUGGAGUCAGUUUUGUUCCACUUACAACUCAUUCCAGAUUGUACCAAUUGACAGCACCUCCAGCAAAGGUGAAUUGCUUUGGAAAGUGAGAGGGAAUGUGAAGUUCGAGAAUGUGCGCUUCAAGUAUCCGACACGUCCAGAGGUGCAAGUUUUGAAAGGAGUGAACGUCCAUGCGAAUUCCGGAGAAAACAUUGCACUAGUCGGCCAUUCUGGAUGCGGAAAAAGCACGCUCGCCUCUCUUUUGAUGCACUUUUACGAACUCAACGACGGAAAAGUUCAUCAAUUUCCCCUUCGGCUUUUACUUUGAUUGUUCAGAUUUCUAUUGACGGAACGAACAUUGAACGUCUGAACAUUGCACACUUGAGGACGAUCGUUGGGAUUGUGAGCCAGGAACCGCUUCUUUUCGCAGAUACGGUUAGAUACUUACAGAGGUUGAAGCCGAUAAUAUUUAUGCAGUUUAGGUAGAGAACAACAUUCGACUGGGAGCCCCGGAUAUUGACGACGAAGAAAUGGAAUAUUGUUGUCGUCAGGCAAAUGCUCACGAGUUCAUCUCACAGCUACCAAAUGUAAAUUGCCACGCAAAUGAGUUCAUUGAAUAAUUUUGUGUUCAGGGCUAUAAAACGAUGCUCGGAAACGGCGGAGUUCAAUUGUCAGGAGGUCAGAGACAACGACUGGCAAUCGCACGAACACUUGCCAGAAAGUACGCAUUCCCUUCCUUUCUUUCCCUCCUCAUUUCCCUCUUUUCCAUUCCACUUUCAGACCGUCCAUUCUGAUCCUCGACGAGGCCACUAGCGCUCUGGACACUGAGAGUGAAUCACUUGUGCAGACGGCGUUGGAGAAUGCGAAACAGGGAAGGACGACGAUCACAAUCGCCCACAGACUCUCGACGAUUCGAAACUGUGACCGUAUCUACGUGUUCGACAACGGGAACGUCGUGGAAGUGGGAAGUCAUGAGGAACUGAUCGAGAAGGACGGAUUCUACGCGCAAAUGGUCAAGACUCAGGAGCUGAGUGAAAGUGGAGAGGAGAACGAAAACUCAGAAUCUGUUGAGGAACUCGCUUCGAAAAUGCAAACAUCCGAUCAGGAGAAUUCACGACGGCAAAUCAGUAAACGACUUUCGAAGGCCUUCUCUCUGACCACGGAAAUGAUGUACUCAGAUGUCUCCCAACUACAGGUUCGAACUGGAAAACAGUAUGUAUUCGAGAGGGUUUCAGACGGAAGAAGAGUCAGCUGACGAGUCUGGUUUCCUGGAGAUCCUGCACUACGCGAGACCCGAAUGGAUCCUUCUCUCCCUCGCCAUUUUUCUUUCGAUUCUCCGUGGGUGCAACUAUCCGAUAUUCUCUAUCCUUUACGGUCGAAUGUUCAAAGUGAGAGAAUCAAACAAGAAAUCAGAUGCACAGAGUUGAUUUCAGAUAUUGUCAACGGGAUCAGAUGAAGACAAGACUCACAACUCGGAGAUAAAUGCAUUGUACUUCACAAUUCUGGGUUUCGCGUCGGCCGGAGUCACCAUGGCCGCUGGAUGUCUCUUGGGUUAUGUUGGCGAGAGAGUGACGAAGAGAAUGAGGAUUCGGCUGUUCACAAACAUUCUCAGACAAGUAAGACACUCUUCAGUCCUUCUUUCAUUCUUUCUCUAGGAUGGAGAGUACUUCGAUCGUCCGGAACACGCGACCGGCCGUCUCACCACCCGAUUGGCCGUCGACGCUCCGAACAUCCGAGCGGCAAUCGAUCAGAGACUCGCUGAUGUGUUCCAGGGGAUCUCUUCCAUUCUGUGCGGCAUCGGAAUCGCCUUCUCGUACGGUCCUGCGAUGGCUCCGAUAGGCAUUCUAACCUGUGGAACAUUGAUUUCUCUGCAAGCAAUCAUCAGUCAGUACUUGAAAAAGAGGGGCGAACGGGAUGCGGUGAAGGCAGAAGAACCGUCCAGAUUAGCGAUUGAAGCCAUCGAACAGUACAGAACAGUGCAAUAUCUGACGAGAGAAAAGCAGUUCGUGGCCAUGUUCGAGAACGGAAUGCGGCCGAUCCACAGAAGGAACCUGCAACGUGGCAUUGUGCAGUCGUUCUCCUACGCACUCACCGUCAGCUACACCUUCUUCAACUUUGCCAUCGGCUACAGAUACGGCGUCUUUCUGGUGACCAAUCGCAUCUGCAGUCCGUUCACGAUAUUCCAGUCAGUCCACAGAGCUUGUAUUCCAUCUGAUUGGUCAGUUUUGCAGAGUGAUCGAGUCUCUCAACUCCGCCUCCACUUCCCUUCUCGCGUUCGGAACGUACCUUCCUGAAUACGUGAGAGCUCGUGUUUCAGCUGCAUUACUCUUCCGAAUGCUGCGAGAUAAGCCGAGAAUCGAGCUCGACGAGGGAAAGAAGCUCGUGCUGAAAGGAGAUGUCUCUCUGAUGAACGUCUACUUCGGAUACCCAGUCGCGAGACGGAACAUGGUGCUUAACGGCUUCUCGUUGAACAUUCCACGUGGCAAAACGACGGCACUCGUGGGAGCCAGUGGAAGCGGAAAGAGCACGACCAUUCAGUUGCUCGAGAGGUUCUACGAUCCGAUCGCCGGAACCGUCCGCUUCGAUAAAGAGGGCGCAAGUGAGCUGAAUCUGAAGUUCCUGAGGUCGCAAAUGGCUCUCGUUGGACAGCAACCCACUCUUUUCAACUAUUCCAUUCGAGAAAACAUUGGAUACGGUCUUGACGCGAUCGCUGAGGAAGAAGUGAUCGAAGCGGCGAAACUGGCUCAUGCUCACGAGUUCAUCACUAAAAUGCCAGAGGUUUGAGGCAAAGGUUUCUACCGAAACAAAAAAGUAUUUGUCAGGGAUACGAUACAGUGGUUGGAGAGGGAGGAGCAAACUGUCCGGAGGCCAGAAACAGCGGAUAGCGAUAGCGAGAGCCGUCGUCAGACGACCCAAGAUCCUUUUUGUUGGACGAAGCGACGAGUGCGCUGGACGCGGAAAGCGAGAAAGUACUGUGGGUGUACGGUAGGAAUAGUACAGUAAUCCACGUUGCAGCUGGUACAAGAGGCACUCGAGAAUGCGCGGGAAGGGCGUACUUGCGUGGUGAUUGCACAUCGCCUCUCCACCAUCAGAGGGGCGGAUGCGAUUGCCGUUGUGAAGGACGGAACGGUGAUCGAGCAGGGAACUCACCAGCAACUUCUUGCCCUUGGGGGCGUCUACGCCAACUUUGUUCAGAAGUCUUCGCUUUGA